AGCUUGUUGGCGUGCAUUUGCUUUGGACUCAGUUGCUCAGGAGUGCUGCAUGAACUUUUGCUGGUGUGCUGUCGAAAAUGCCUGGGUGCUGCUGUGCACCGAACUGUCGGUCGAACUACGCUAACGGACCGCGAGCACGUGUGUACAGGUUUCCAUUGGAACCCGCCCGAAAUGCAGCGUGGACGAAGGCUGUGCGACGGGAAAACUUCACACCUACGAAGUACAAUGUGGUCUGUGAGCACCACUUUCUUGAAAGUGACUUCGUAGACUCCGCCAGCUACACUGACAGCAUGACUGGGAAAGUAAUUGAAGUACCCCUCAAACUGAGGCGCUUGAAGCCUUCUGCAAUCCCAAGCGUUUUCCCUAAUUGCCCUGCUUACUUGUCCCGCCAAGAAACUUCUGCACGCGAGAGCCCAGAAGAAAAGCGCGCUCGUCUAGACGCAGAAGCGUUGCAGAAAGCAAUACGAUUAUCAGAGCAGUCUCACGAAGCGGAAAAAAAGAAGAAUGUCAUGGCCACUUUCGAAGACCUAUUGAAAGCAGUAGGUGGCCUCUCUCUUACUGACUUCUGGACCAAGGUGGUCACCCAGAAACAAGUACUCUUCCUCAACUUCAGCGACCAAGGUGCCCCAGUUGUGCAUCGUGCAGUGACAGUGGCAUCCGACCUUUCUUUGGCAGUGUAUGUUGGUGAAAUGAGGUUACAAAACCUACGUUCCGCUGUGCUUCCUACGACAAUUUCUGACUUGAGAGUGCUUCACGAAGUUCUGUGCGAUGUGGAAGAUGUCACGAAGGAUUCUACAAAUAAUGAACUCGAACUAGAGAUUCUGCUGAAGCGCGUCGUGGCACUCCUAAAGCAACUGUCAUCUUCAGCUCUCCCGCAUGAGUGGUCCUCUGACAAGAUCAGUAUUUCCCAACCAGACACAGAUGGCAAGCCUACGGCCACGAGGUCCUUGCAUUGCGGCGUUUGUAACAAAGUCUUCAAGGGCAGGUCUCAUCUGCGAACACACUUGUUCGCUCACGUUGGCAAAAAACGGUACGCCUGCGACAUGUGCGGUAGGAAAUACGCGCAGAAGAGGGACCUGGUGAUCCACAACCGCACGCACACGGGAAAGAGGCCCUUCGAAUGCUCGUCGUGCCCGGCCACAUUCAUCAACAGCGAGAGUCGGAAGAGGCACAUGUUGACCCACACCGGCGAAAGACCGCAUGAAUUCAACGUCUGCGGACGAAGAUUCGCCAGGAAAUCAGACCUCGCUUCGCACGGACUGACUCAUUCGGGGAAGAAGAUGGUCGCCUGCCACGUGUGCGGCCGAAACUUUUCCCGGAGAGGCAACCUCCGGCGCCACGUCCGUACGCACACUGGAGAGAAGCCGUACGCGUGCCAGCUGUGUCCCGCUACGUUCGCGCGCUUGAGCACGCUGAAAACACACGUUGUAAGUCACACCGGUGAGCGACCGUACACGUGCGACAAGUGCUGGAAGAGUUUCAGUUCGAGCUGCAACCUUUCGCAGCAUAAGCUCACUCAGGUGUAA